AUGAGGAAUAAAUUUGUAUUUUUGAAAACGUAGUUAUGAUUUUCUAAAUCAAUUGAAAUUGGGAAAAAAAUGUAAGAGGAAAGAGUUGUGUUGGGUUCACAGUUUCACCAUAUAUGGGCCUAGGCUAGUGGCCUCUGGGCAAUACUCAUCUCCGAGUAAUUUUUCACCACGAAAAUGUUGGGGUUUACUUCAGUCUUCAGCUUUAUGGUUACAGUUUUAGUUUAAGAUAGUCUACUCAAAUUAAUACUCUGCUCAGUGCUCACCAACUUUUGAUUAAUUUCUUCCCCAAAUUCCCAAAUUUAUUGAAAACCCUAAUUCCAAAUUUUACUAAAAUUCAGUUGAAAUCAAGUACUAUAAUGGCGGAAGAAGCUGGUUUCCAGCCCAUCUCACUGCUAUUGUUACCCCAGCAACAGGAACACUCUCAAAGUAUCCCUGAGCAUUUGCUGUACAAGAAUCGCUUGCAAGAGUAUGCUCAAAAGGCAAACAUACCGUUACCAGUUUAUCGUACCAUAAACAAAGGAGGACCUUCACAAGCUCCAAGAUUUACGUCUACUGUUGAGAUAGAUGGAGAAACUUACACAUCUAUGGACACACUUACUAACAGAAAGGCAGCUGAACAAGAUGCUGCAAAGCAUGCGCUGGAAGGAAUAUCUAAGAAGAUAAAGAAUUGUAUAUCCAAGAAGACAACUGAAGGAGGAUUUCCUCCAAUUUUUCAGGAUAAGGUAUUUUGUAAGUCUAUUCUUCAUGAGUUCGCUGUGAAAAUGAAUAUAGAAAAGCCCAAGUAUGAUACUGUGAGGUCGGAGGGGCUUAUUCCUGUUUUCAUUUCCACUUUGGAAUUCAGAGGGGUAAGGUAUGUUGGUGAAGCUAGUGUAAACAAGAAAGAGGCUGAGCAGUUAGCAGCACGUGCUGUUAUUUUAUCCAUUUUAGCAACUGAAGAAGGAAUGCAUCUGUCAGAGAUUAUCAAAUCCAAAGCUAAACUUUUUUCUGCAGUGCAUGAGCAUAUUCAUGCAAAUGCAGAUACAUGUGUCUCCUCUUUGCAGCCAAAUUCCGGAACGGCCCUUAGGCCUUCUGCAAUCAAAGGAGAUGCUGAAGGUACUUGUCAAGCUGGUGAGAUUGUGAAGGUUGCUGCAUUAGCCGUACCAGACCAAUCAAGCAAAAAGGAAGAUAAUGCUGACCAAGCUAGUAAUGGGAUUGGGAAUGUUGUUGCAUUGGCCCUCCCAGAGCAAUCAAGUGUAAAGGAAAAAGUUACUGACCAAUCUAGUAAUGGGAUUGGAAGUGUUCUAUUGAAUGUUCUCCAGGGACAGUCUCAUAUUCUACCCAGACAUGAAUUUAGAAAGCCAGUACUAGAGACAUAUUCUGAACCAGUUCCGCUUACAAUUGAAUUUAUAUCUUCACUUGGGGAAGAAACUCCUUUAGAUGCAUCAGAUAGUGUGGGGAAAAGGAAGCGUAGAAGGAAGAAAAGGGCUAACAAGAAAGCCAAAACUGAAAUACAGUAAUACUGGUAUUGAACCUUUGUUGUAUUUGAAGACAACUCUCGAACAAGUGGAACCUGAUAGAGAUAUAUGAAUGCGCAUAGAGACUUGCUGAUGUGCUUCCAUUUUGUCAAUUGAUACCAAGAUUACCAACUGGAAUAGUCUGCCCCAAUUACUACAUCGUGUAUUUAAGUUCCUAUGAUGAUUUUCUAUAUUUUGUUGUAUAUAUAGGAACCAUGCCUUAAAUAGUGGCAAGGAAUUAGUUUUUUUUGGCUUGGGUUCUUGUAUGUGGCAAACCAACUUUUGUAACAAACAAGCAGUAUUUUUGUAAUUUUUAAUGUGCUAUUUUAGACCAUGAAUCAAAUCAUGUUUUAUGCUUGUA